AUGAUUCCUCUUCAUCUUCAACUCUCGCAGGUCCAUGCUAUCCUCCUCUGCCCAAAGGACGAUCAACCACUGCUACGGCACUGCACCUCCCACCUUCAGACGCGACGAAUCGACAACAUGUGCACCACAACAAUCACAAGAUUCUACUGCAUCGUAUGCAGCUAUCUCGUCUCAUUCGAACAAGACGAAGAAGAGUGCGAAUAUGUCAACAGCAAAACUCCACAGGAGUGCAAACUGGCCAUCAAAAUCAAGCAAAAGAGCGUCGACCCACAGCAAUGUCACAAAUGCGAAGCAAAACUACACAAGAAAAAGCAACCCGUGAAGUGA